AGAGAUAAGACCUUAAUGCGCUCAAACACCUUCCUGUGCCUUACCCCCCCCCCCUCGUCCUCCACCUCCCCUCCAUUAGAUACUCCCCUCAUCCAUUCUUUCUCUGGACUCCGUGGAAGACGCCGUGACCAGCGACCUGCUGCCAUGAAGAAUGCCCUUGCCCUGCUUCUGCUCAUCUCUCUGGCCUGCCACAGUGCUCUCUCCUGUUCUGUCUGCAAAGGCCACACCCUUAAAUGUCACACAUGCGUGGCGUCCAAUGACGACGACUGCAAUCGGCAGGGCUCCACCCCCUGCCCUCAGUACGCUGACGCCUGCUCCACCAUUACAGGACCCAGCACUGUGAUGAAGUCGUGCACGUACAAGGCUUUCUGCGACAAGGCUCAUGGCGUCAGCUCCGGAGCCAAGAUGGACUGCUGUUUUGGCGAUGACUGUAAUGGGCCCCACCGGAGCCACCAUCGCAACGGCGCAGGGGCUGUGGGCUCCAGCCCUGUCCUGCUGGUCACGGCCCUGCUGCUGCGUGUGGCCACCAGUCAGCUGUAAACGCCUCCACUUCUCAUUCCUCCGGGGAUUCAUUCAUCGUCAUUUGCUGGGUUGUCAUCCAU